AUGUUUCUGUCUCCGGAUCGCGACCUGUCGCCCGUAUCUCCCGAUCUCGGAGGACACACCCCAGCGGUCCCCGAUCGACCUGGGUCUCCGCGCCAUCUAGGCCCAACCGGAUCGCCCACAAUCCCCACAGGAUCGCCAGAUCGACAGCCAACCAGACCCUCGUCUCCAUCCCGAGACUCGCCAUCUAGAUCGCCGGAUCGCGGGUGGUAUGCUCCUAUCGUCCCCGAUCAACAUGAGUCUCUCAGUAAUCCCAGAUCGGUCGGAUCACUCUCGACCGCCGCGGAAUUAUCAGAUCGUUCCUCCGAGCCAUUCCCGCUUCCCACUCCUCCGGCGGCCCCAGAUGCGUCCAGAUCCGACAUCCCGGCCGCUAAUGAAUCUCGUGAAAGGUCUGCUCCAGCUGUGGGCGUCACCGGCUUCGUUCCCAGAGUUUCUGCCGACGACGUUCGUCUCACGAUGGCCACGAUCUCGUAUUUGUGGGAUCGAGAGGCUACCUUCUGCAGCCAAGCCGACACCAUUCAUGCGCUCCAGCAGUCCUACCGAGAUGCCGUCGUCCGGGGAAAUCGCUUACAAGACGAGCUUGAUUCGCUGUACAGAUCAGCCGCUCCUUUUGUCUCCUUCGUCCAGCGUCGAUAUGACUGGAUGCAGGGCCGCUACGUCGAUGCAGUGCAUUCUUUGAGUGAUUGCAAUCGAGCUCUGCGGACAUAUCGAGAUCAAUCGGAGGAGAUUCGUCGGCUACGCACUUUGAUAUGUGCCAACGACGAGGCUCAGGGGAACUUGGAACGACAGGUGGAUGCUUUGAGGGCUCAGCUUCACUCGCUCCAAGCCGAACUCAAUUCUCUCCGACAGCAGCGUGAUCAGCUGCCCAUGGACAGGUCCUUCCUUCACAUAGAUUUUUUGCACUUGAAGGAGCAAUUGGCUCUGUCUCACGAGGAGAUCGCAGAUGGACUGUCUUCGAUCAGCGAUCUCAUACAACAAGUGGAUGGUUUGACUCCCCUAGAGGGUCAGUUGGCACUUUCGCAGGCGGAGAACGCCAACCUACGUCGUCAGCUUGCGGAACACCUCGAGAUACACGACCAGUUGCAGGUGGUGGAGCAUGAUCGGGAUCAGGCUAUAGCUGAACACCGUGCUCUCCUCGACACACUGAACAGUGCUAUACUCGGAUCCCGGUCGUCUGCGUUGACCGCUCGAUCGAAUCCUAAGAGUGCUACUCCGGCCGGAUUGCCCCCUGCUCCCACUACCCCGGGAUCGAGAUCGCUUGCCCAGAUCGAGAUCGUCCGGCCCGCCUGCCAAGCGUCGGCGUAUUUAACCAAGCCUCCACCCAAUUCUUCUUGUUCUCCGCUUUCGUCCGCGGCUUCUGGGACUGGAUCGGGAAGUGAGGAGCUGACCGAGUUGGAUUCUAGCUCGGAUGAUUUGACUCGUGCUGCAUUAUCCCAAUCGAGAUCGGCCGCUCGUCGUCAACCUAGAUCGGAUGCCCGAUCUUCGACCCCGAACCCCUCUCCGGCCGCUCGGGUUGUUCCCGCUUCUCCCGCAGCUACUGCGUUGGCUCAACCACUGUUGCGUUCGCCUUCUCCAGACGUCUCGGAGCCUCGUUAUCUUUCGUACCCAUCCACUCCGGUCGCGGCUGUCCCCGUAGUCGAAAUUCAAGAUGAUGGCGGCGUAGAAGACGUGGAGGUAUCGCCGACAGGGGAGACACACAGCGAGACUGGCUCUGUUAGUCCGCCUCCGGAGUCCACUGCGCUUUCGGAUCGCCAUUCGUCCGAUAGCGAAAACAGCAUCACCCUUCCGGCACGCCAAGUGGCUAACAGAGUUUUCUCUUCCGUUGACUUCGACAAUCUUCCGCCACUCCAGCAACCACGGGAUCGGUGGAUUCCCAACUAUCUGGCGCCCUCCCGACGGGUAGCUUCCGAGAUCGCUCCAUGGUCCGUUUCGCGGAUCGCGAUGGUUUGCGUGAGGACCAUGACCAUUGAGCUGUUGUUUCACCACUACUCCAAACCCAGGAAUUUUCUGUUUCCCUUCUACAAUCAUGGACGAGCUCCGCCUACGGGGACUUGGGCUUCUGGGCUGAUCUCGCGGCAACACAUCGAGGCUCUUUACGCUACAGCCCCUUGGGAUAAUAUCAUAGUCCCAGUGAACCCGAUAUCGUUCACCAUGACUGGAUGGUAUCGUGAUAUGAGUCAUCGGUACCUGGAGCUUGAGUCCACUCAUCGACAAGCUCUGUGGGAAUCUACUCAUGCUUUCCCGAUUCCUCCGGCUCAACGGCGAUCUGAACGGUUCAUGCAGACAUUCUGGCGCCAACGAAAACAACGCCGUUCUCGCUUUGGAGCGCGUUGGAAGAACUUCUUGAAGAUGAUACUCAGCGGCAUGAUCGCUGGCCACUGCGAUCUCGACAUCUUGCUAGAUCCCUUCUUCCUCCACUAUCCGCGCCCACAUGAAGACCGAGUUUGGUAUCCAGGGUUAGGACACUCUAACGACCCAGCUGACUUGCUAGAGGCGUUGGACAUGGCAGACCAAGAGGAUCCUUGGCGCAACCAGUUCCGUAACGCCUAUUGGGAUCAUCCCGGAUCGCAGAUCCCUCGUCUGCAGGACAAGUUCAAACCUGCUCCAUCGUCUUAG